AUGUCUGUACGCAGCAAGUCCAACCGCUCCAGCUACCAGGUACACAUGCCGCUUCCACUGCCCAAACAACUCGUGAUCUUCAGCCUCGGAGAGUGGACAUCCUUCUCCGACGACACGACAAUCUCGAUUGACGUACAGGUUAGCCAAGAUGUCAAGCCACAGAGAAUCGGGACUCUCUCACCUGACUCACGGUGCCUUAUCUGGGAGGGAGACUGGACACUUGACCUUCUCAACGAGGCAUCAGAGAAGAGGAAAAGAGGAGUUUACGCUAAAGUGUUGCUCACUGUGAGAGCCAGCUUUGUCAGCAGCACACCACUGGUGCCAAGGAAACGCCCUGCUCCAGACCAGUCCUCUAAUCUCUCACCUUCAUUGCUUAGCAGUGGUGAAAGUCAUAUUAUAAAGACACAGAAAUCGGCACUCGAGGAAAGUGUCAGCUACGCAGACCUCAAAACAGAUAAAGGGGAAACUCAGGACAUCUCUUUGCCUAAAAUUCGGGGAGUAUGGCCUACGGAUAAAACCCCCAGAAGGACAGUCAUUGGAAGAAGGGGCCACAUUUGGAGCUCAGAGAAUUUGGAAGGCUCCCAGAAUUCAAGCAAAGCUGCCAGUCCCAAAAAGCGGAAACUAAGCACAAUGUCUGCACCAAACAGUGAUGAAGAGAAUGCUAACAAGAGAAGAAAGAGCUGGAGGAAAGAUUGUCCAUCAGAGCGCUGGAGCCAUACCAUGUGUCUCAGUGAUCCUGAAACGGCUGUUGUGAUUGGAGGAGAGACUGACGACCAGACCCUUUGUAAAGACUCUAUGUGGAAGCUGGAGAUAGAAAGUGACUUCUGGUUCCCCAUGGAUUCCUCUAUGUCUGGACCUUGUCCUCUGAAUGCUCGAGGGCACUCUGCGACCUUUGACCCAGAAUCAAAGGUUAUCUACGUAUAUGGUGGACUGAGAGAAGGUCAGCGUUUCAGUGACGUUUACAUAUUGGACACUAAGACCUGGAAGUGGAGACUCAUAAAUGCAAAAGGCAAAAUUCCAACCUUGGCAUACCAUAGUGCCACCAUCUAUAAGAAAGAGCUGUUUGUCUUUGGAGGGAUUCAGCCCAGUCGACAUCCUGCAGGACAGGCUUGCAGCAAUGCACUGUACAUCUUUAACCCUGAAUAUGAGCUGUGGUACCAGCCAAUCACAGAGGGUGAACGCCCUCUACCCAGGUUUGGGCAUUCAACUACGCUACUCUCUAACAAGUUAAUCAUAUUUGGUGGCAGAAAGACAGCAACCUACCUGAACGAUCUCCAUGUCCUUGAUCUUGGCUUCAUGGAGUACAGUACUGUGAAGUGUGCAAACAUGGCACCAUUGCCCCGCGGAUUCCAUGCAGCUUUGCCUGUGUCAGACAACAGGAUUCUGAUCAGUGGAGGCUGCAGUGCCAUAGGAGCCUUGCAAGACCUUCACCUCUUCAAUCUGGAUACCAAUUUGUGGACUUCAUUGGUUUGUCAGUCUCUCUGCACCAAGCCUCGUGCCGGCCACAGUCUGAUUAGUUUGGGAGGUACCACUGCUAUAUCCACAGACCAAUGCAAACAGAAGAAAGGGCAGAACACCUCAUCCGCUAUGCAGCAUACCAUCUUAGUGUUUGGGGGUUCAGACUGCGCUGGAACUUUUUACAGUGACACAGUCAAAUGUACUGUUGAAAUCCCUGCUGAAGAGACAAUGGACCACACAAUGAAAUGUGCUACAAAAACAUGUCCUUGA